AUGUCCAACCAAGUUAUAGAUGAUAUACAGACACUGAGAGUAUUAGAGAAAAGUGAAAUUCCAAUGGGAAAGGGAAGCAGACAGUGCAGAUCCUGCAUGGGAAGAAGAGGACUGAUUAGACAGUACGAAUUAAUGAUGUGCAGAAGAUGCUUUAGAGAAUACGCAACUGACAUUGGUUUUGAGAAGCUAAACUAAAUAAGAAUAAAUCCAAAAUAAAUUUAUCCGUUAAUCAUGCACUGUAAGACAGAACUUAUAAUAGCUGGAAAUGUCUUUUAAUA